AUGGAGAAACAAGCAGCAGCAGCACCAAACAGGAUCUUGAAAUUUCUACCAAAAGCUGCUUCUGCGGUCAACUUCCAUAACCUUGCAUUUAGCCCAGGAAGAGACAGGAGAUCAGAAAUCAUACACAAGCACAAAGCCAAUGUGGGAAAAGGAUUUAAUCCUUGCAGGUCGAUGAUCCCAUUUGAAGUUAGAAGACAGCCCAACAAUGAGAGCUUUGAGACCCAAGAAGAACCCACCUCACCAAAGAUCUCGUGUAUGGGCCAAAUCAAGCACAAGAAGAAGAUGAACAAGGCUACUUAUAAGCGUGUUUCACUUCCUCAGGAAACAAAGCCUGUGUCACAGACUCAACGUCAGGUAAUGAAGCAUGCAUCUAAACUCAAGAGACUAUUUACUGGAUCAAAAGCAGGAAGGAAAUCUAAUGCUUUUGAUGGUGGUAAGCCAACACUUCCUGAUAGAGCACCUUCAUUAAGUCAAAUGAAAAGGUUUGCAAGUGGUCGUGAUACUCUGGCAAGUUUUGAUUGGACCGCUCAUCAGAUUGCACCAGUGGAGCCUGUUGGCAGGGACUAUUAUUCUGAUGAAGAGAGGGGAGAUAGCUUUGAAGAUCAAGAAGAUGAAGAGGUUAUAAUUCCUUUCUCGGCACCUAUGGUGUUAGGUGGAGGAGCAGAUUUGCUACCAAGGAAAGAAGUUAAUCUUUGGAAGAGAAGAACCAUGGAUCCACCUGAGCCUCUUCGAUUGAAAUCCAGUAUGGUUAGAGCAAAUUAA